AAAAAGAAAAAUGUUAGUUGGUUCAUAGCUCGUAACGACCUUCCAAUCGAAGGAAGUUUCAGCAAUGGCGGAUGCGUACUUCUCUCUCUUCACCCUCAUCGUUCUCAUCCCCUUAGCCCUCAUCGCCUUCGUCUACUUCCUCGUGCGCCCUCGCCCCGUCAAGAUCCCGAUCAAGAAUCGCCACGUCUUCAUCACCGGUGGAUCCAGCGGCAUCGGCCUCGCCCUCGCUCACCACGCCGCCGCCCAGGGCGCCCGCGUCUCCAUCCUCGCCCGCUCCCGCAACAAGCUCGAGGAAGCGCGCAAUGCCGUCCGCCUCGCCACCGGCAUCGACGUCUCCGUCUUCGCCGCUGACGUCAGGGACUACGACGCCGUGAAGCGCGCGGUGGACGAGGCUGGGCCGAUCGACGUGCUGCUGCUUAACCACGGCGUGUUCGUGGCGCUCGAGCUGGAGAAGCAGGAAUUGAGUGAGGUCAAGUUCACGCUGGACGUUAACCUCAUGGGAAGCUUCAACCUCAUCAAGGCGGCGUUGCCGGCCAUGAGGACCAGGAAGGACCCGCAGCAACCGGUUUCCAUCGCUCUUGUCUCUUCGCAGGCCGGUCAGGUGGGAAUUUAUGGUUAUGCAGCUUAUUCUGCCAGUAAAUUUGGCCUCCGUGGUUUAGCAGAAGCAUUGCAACAAGAAGUUAUAGCAGAUAACAUUCAUGUCUCUCUGAUCUUCCCUCCGGACACGGAUACUCCCGGAUUCGCUGAAGAAAACAAGAGAAAACCAGAGCUCACCAAAAUCAUUGCAUCCUCUUCUGGUGCAAUGAAACCUGAGGAGGUUGCUCAGAAAACUUUUGAUGGCAUAAAAUCUGGGAGCUUCAUCAUUCCUUGCAAUUUGGAGGGAAUUGCACUGUCAUUAGCAACUGCAGGUUUAUCCCCUCAAAGGUCAUUCUUAAUGGCCACAGUUGAGGUUCUUGCGGCUGGAAUACUGCGUAUUGCAGGACUAUGUUUCCAGUGGACUUGGUACACAAGUAUAGAGAAGUGGCACAACCAAAGAAAAGCAGGUUCAUCUCAAAGGAGCUGAAACACUUUGAGCUCGGUCCUUGUUUUAGGAGACUUUUAGCGGAUAUUGCAACGUAGUUUUCUUCAAAUCUGCUCUACAUUGAUAUAUAUGGGGAAUUUUGAUUGAUUGUCAACUAUGUGAUCUCGAUCAAAGACAUACAUUCCAAAUUUGUAGUUUCUGACAUAGAAUCCUUAAUAUAUUUGAUAGAGAAAGUGAAAAACGAAAAUAAAGUUACAUCCAGUUUUUCA